UCUGUUAUUUCAGCUCUUUCAAAUAUAUUAUUUGUCUGUGAUCCCAGUUUGAUAUAUGCCAAAGUCAGCUGUAUCCCGUCAAGUCCUGUCAACUGUCAUAUAACUGCAAUAGAAUCACUUGUUUAUUGAAUAAUUGAUUAAUUUAUAAUAAAAUGCCUAGACUUAUAUUCUGUUCGUGAGUUUCAAUAUCUUAUCAAGCGACGUUGUGUUAUUCGACCACGUUUAUCAGUACAAGUGUGGAGAACUUUCAAUAAAGAUAUGGUUUUCUCUCGAGCCGGUCUGUUACGAAACCUGAGUUUGCGUCUAAAUCAAAGUCGACAAAUGCAUUUAUUGAAGAAAAAUGCUUAUAUUAAUGGACAGUGGGUGAACGCGCAGAGUAAAGCUGUGUUUCCUGUUUUGAAUCCAGCGGAUGAUAAGGUUAUUGCCGAGAUUCCCGACAUGGACGCCGUCGAUGCCAAAUUAGCAGUUGAUACAGCUACCAACACCUUUCAAACAUGGAAAGAUACUACUGCAAAAGAAAGGGCUACCAUACUUCGAAGGUGGUAUGAUCUGUGCGUUAAAAAUUCUGAUAACCUUGCUGAAAUUAUAACUGCUGAAGCUGGUAAGCCUUUAUCUGAAUCCAAAGGUGAAAUUGUCUAUGGAAGUUCUUUCUUGGAAUGGUUUGCUGACACUGCUCGUCAUAUUAAUGGAGAGGUUGUGCCGAGUCCAUGGCCACAUAAAGCGAUCAUGGUAACGCGACAGCCGCUGGGUGUUGUAUCUGUUAUUACACCUUGGAAUUUUCCAUUUGCUAUGAUUACUCGGAAAGUUGGAGCUUUAAUGGCAGCUGGAUGCACCUGCGUCAUUAAACCAUCAGAAGAUACCCCUUUGACUGCUUUAGCGGCUGUCCAACUUGCAGAAGAAGCUGGUGUACCUAAGGGUGUUAUUAACGUCAUUACUUCCAGUAGAAAAAAUGCUCCAGCAGUGGGAAAAGUGCUGUGUGAAGAUCCAAGUGUAGGAUGUAUUUCUUUUACUGGUUCUACACAUGUUGGUGUAAUACUAUAUGGUAUGGCUGCAAAAGGAGUUAAAAGAGUCUGCUUAGAAUUAGGUGGUAAUGCACCAUUUAUUGUCUUCCCAAGUGCAGAUAUUUCACAUGCUGUAGACCAGGCUAUGCUUGCUAAAUUCAGAAAUAAUGGGCAAGCAUGCGUUGGAGCAAAUAGAUUUUUAGUACACAGGGAUGUAUAUGAUUCAUUUGUGCAAGCUUUUAAAGAAAAAAUUUCUAAAGGUUGUAUCUUGGGACCAGGCACAAAACAGGGUGUCACGUGUGGGCCCUUGAUAAAUAUAGAACAAACCAAAAAGGUUACUCAAUUAGUUGAUGAUGCCUUGUCAAAGGGAGCUAAAGCAUUGAUUGGUGGUAAACCUGCUGAACAACUUGGAAACAAAUUUUAUGAGUCUACAAUUCUCACUGAAGUAAAACCAGAGAUGAGAAUUUACAGAGAAGAGAUAUUCGGGCCCAUAGCUGUUUGUUAUAAGUUUGAAACUGAGCAGGAGGCAAUACAGGUAGCGAAUAAUACGAGAAGUGGGCUUGCAUCUUAUGUUUUUACGAAAGAUCUUGGUCAAGCAUUUAGAAUGUCUCGUCAGCUAAACUUUGGAAUGGUUGCAAUUAAUGAUGGUAUACUCUCAGCUGCAGAACCUCCAUUUGGUGGUAUAAAAGAGUCUGGUAUCGGAAGAGAAGGUAGUAAACAUGGUGCAGAGGAGUAUACCGAUAUUAAAUACACUCUGUUUGCUGGUUUGGAUAAAAUACAAGAAGUGGACGACAGUUUUUUCGAGAAGUUCGGAUCAAUUUUAAAACAAGUAUCACAAAAGGCCGCUCUAGAAGAAUCUACGCCGUUAGCUCCAUUAAAAGAGGCCGAAGAACAAGAUGGCGAGCAGAAAGCUAUCGAUGUCUCAGAGAACCAAAGUGUCGCUCGGGACUCUGACAGUGGCAAUGAGACCCUUCUCGACACUGAUUCGGAACCCGAAGACCCAGAAAAGGUUGACUUCUACGUGGAAGCAGUAGGAUGGAAUGUUGAUGAAUUAUAUUUGGAGAUACUGUACGAGAUUUUACACAAUGUCGGCGGAUGUGACGUAGGAUGCGAGGUCGGGCAACAGGCUAUGCUCGGUUACGUACAGGAAGCCUUCAAAAUAUCCAAUGACAAGCAUACACAACUCCUAACACAGGCAGAAGCGAAGGAACCGCCAGAAUUAAUGCUAAAUGUAGAAGUAGUCGAAGGAAAGGACCUUGUUCCAAAAGACCCCAGUGGCCUUAGUGAUCCUUUUGUCACAAUAUACUUAAUGUCAAACACAGCUCAUAGAUAUAAUACAUCCGUUAAGUCGGGUACACUUAAUCCAACCUGGGAGGAACAUUUUUCUUUACCUAUUCCAGGAAAUUUACAAGAAGAUUCAUUAUGCUUAGAAGUUUGGGAUUUCGAUCCAGCGGAGACAGUGAAAGAAAAGAUGACCAAAAUAUUCGAAGUGAAAGGCGUUAAGGGACUCCGUAAGCUCAUGAAAGAAAUCGCAAUCACAGCAUCUACGGGGAAACAUGACAAUGAGCUUAUUGGCACUGCUAAUAUACCAUUGAAAUCGAUUCCAGCCGGCGGUAUGAUGAUGUGGCUAAAUUUGAGUAAAAAGAGCAAACUUCGCCGGCAAGGUGUUCUGAAAGCGAGGUUCAGUUUCUCGUCGGAGAAAAAUUCGCAGGUUGCGGCUCAGGAGCACAGGCAUCUGUUAAGGAUACUAUUGCUUCAUGAGCUCGAAAGUUCAAAGGUAGCUCCGUACUGGUGGUGCGGUAACUUCAGCGCGGCAGCUGAAGGCAUCUUAACGCAGCACGCAGCACAAAGCGGGCUCUCUCAGCUCGAUAAUCAUCUCGCUCAGUGGUCGGUGUUCUGCGCUAUCACAACUGACCACCCGCUCAGCUUCGCCCUCUUCAACGGUCUUUUGGACAAGGUCACUAAAGCCUUGCAAUCUGGUCUCGUAAAUGAAGAGGACGUAAAGCUCUUUUGGGACGGAGCAAAGAAACUGUUGCCAACCUGUUACAGCCACAUAAGGAAACUGAGAAAGAAGACAGCUGGUGAUAAAACAGUCAUGAAAACACUCAGAGAAGUUUUGAAAAUCCUUUACAAACUGUCCAUAUUGGACACACCGGAAUCUAUAGAUUUAUUCCCAGCGAACCUUUAUGGUUGGUUGCGAGAUAAAGAUGAUGGCACCAAGUUGACAUUGCACGAAGUUUUAAAUCAAGCUGUUAUACAAGGUGCUUCAGAUUGGUUCGUACACAUCCUUGACAACAACGAAUGUAAGGAUAAGUCCGAGGAGUCAAGGUUGCAGCAUUUGAUAAGAGUAAUACAAUUAGUUAGAUCUGAUUUGCAAAGGGCAGUGGAGUACUUUGACAGAGUAUUCGUCGAGGUUAUGAGUUACCAAUACUCCAGAGCGUUGUACGGCGUAUAUGAAGACAAAAUUGCUUCAUUAGUGGAACCAGAAGUGAUACAAGUGUGUAAAAGUAUGAAGCGAUUACGGUACAGCGAGGGUUCUACAAACAGUGUUCAUCUAGCCGGUGGUCUUAAUGGAGAUACAGGAUUAGGAGCUCCGGAAGUUGGAUCGGAACCGUUGGCUAUGGGUACAACGUUGUUCGAAUUAUAUUUGGCGUUGCAGAGGUUUUUGACGUUAGGACAGGGUCUUAAUGAAACAGAUUGGAAUUCAUACAGCAUAUCAAAGUUCCACUCUUGGUUCUUCGGAGGUGUCGCACAGUGGCUUGACAUAGCGGCCUACAAAGCGCUCACUCGCAUUGAAAAGGCCGUGGAAUUGGAUUACCUAGUGCCAGUUGAUACUAAUGUGAAGUACAGCAGCUCUGGGGUGGACACGUUAGCAAUAUUCUACCAGAUUAAGAUCUUUUGGCAGCAAUUGGCGUGGCCGGACGUUGAAGGCUGUUACACGUUUGUUGCUAAGAUUGUAGAUGAUAUCUGCCGUUGUUGCGUAUUCUAUUCAGAUCGUAUGGCCAAUCGAGUGAGCAGUGUAGGUACUGUCAGCACAGUGUACGAGGAACGGUUCGAGGUGACCACUGACUGGUGUGUGGCCAUCAACAACAUCGACUAUGUGCGCCAGAGUUUACAGCCCUUCGUAGAGGAGCUGGGCAUGGAUGACAUUAUACAGAAGAUGUGCGAAACACGUUCACCUCUUGAGGCUCAGAGAUGCAAGGAGACAUUACAAAAUGUCAUAGCUAACGCGAUUGACACGGUUAAAAACAAAAUUGUGGAUCUUUUGGAAGUGAUGAUUAAGAAGAUGAUGCCAUCCAUCACACGUUUCCUGAUAGAAGGAGCGGAAUUACUUCACCAAGACUGUUCAAGUAUGGACCGUGUGAUGAGAUACCUGGAAGCCAACCUCGACACACUAUAUCAACAUCUUAACAACGAAAACUUUUCUAGAACUCUCGAUAUAGUUUGGGAACAACUUGGAGAAGUGUUAUACGAACUUAUACAAGCCAAUCUUGAGCACCGAAGGGCAAAGAUAACUCGCUAUAUCGACCCGAGACGCUUGACCAAAUCGGCCGCUGCUAACUUAGAAGCGAAGCGUCGACCGCCAUCAUUCUUUUCCAAUCUUCACGAAUGUUUAAAAAUAAUGGUCCGCUCAUUCCGGCAAGACAACAAAGAUAUAUAUACAUCAGAUACGUUGAAACGCGUGGAGUAUCUAUUAAAUCUUCACGGUUUGGAGACAAGAGAACUGAUACAUCAGUACCACUUGGAGAGGUGGCAAGACCAGCAGUCUAUUACUGAGCCGAAGAUGGGCUUAUUGACUGUAAGGGCACAGUUUAUAGAAGAUAGCUUGAAGCUUGAAAUUAUGAACGCUAGGAAUUUGAUGCCUACGGAUUCUAAUGGUUUGUGUGACUCGUAUGUACGCGCGGCACUGCUUCCAGAAGAUGCGUUCGCGAAUGUUGAAAAGCCAAAAACACAAACACAUAGCAAGAACCUCUUUCCACUGUACGACGAAAUGUUCUUAAUAUCAUUAAACCACGAGCAGCGUCGUAUCCCCGACGGACUCAUCCACCUGGUGAUCAAGGACAAGGAUAUGUUCAGCGUCAGCAACACUUUUGUGGGCGAAGCGUACUUGCACUUCAGCGAGAUACCGGACACGCCUGCGCCCAUAUCCAGCCUUCCGCAACAACACUUGCCCCUCUCCAGACCUGCCACUAUAGACGGUGACGCUAUAAAAGCACUGGAGUCCAGACAAGGAGACAAACAAGCACGGGAGUUCCUUAAGAAACAAAGACAAAAAAUGCCAAGUAAACAAUUUUUCUCGCUAGGUUGAAUAUUUAUUAUUGAAAACGUAACAUUAAGUAUAAUUUAUUUGUGAAAAAAUAACGCACAUUAUGUUCAUAUUCCUAUAUUCAAACAAUUCAGUGCAUAAUAUUGUACAAAAGAACUAUAUAGUAAGACAUGCAGCUUGUGAAUAGCCUUAAGUAAAACCAAGAAGUGUGUACGUCCAAAUACUCUGUUAGAUUAUUAUCGUAAAAAAUCGAGUCGAUUGCACGUUGCUGUAACUAUAAAGGUACUGGAUAGACUUCCUAUACAAUUUGUAUCUAAUGGAUUUUACAUCGUUUUGUAGCCUGCGGGCUUAUGCUAAAUUGAUUUUAAUGUUGAUGUCGUUGCCGUGAUUUUCUUAUUUAAUAAAUAACCAGACAGCAGCAUUAUCUGCCCAUAAAAUCAGUUAGAAAUUAGUUAUAGAUCCGUAUGAGAUCCAUAGAAGAAACAGUGUUAUUCAAAUAGCUGAUUUAGUUAUAUUGGCAACGAAUAAAUAUCUACAGAGGACCCAUAUCAGUGGAUGCCCACCGGUUGAGAUAGGGAUGCUGACUCAGCUUAUAACAAAAAUAUAAUAAAAACAGCCCUCUAGUUUUUUAUAUGAGAUUACAUCCGACGAUUGCAAGAACGAUCAUUAUAGCGGCUGCGAGUUUCCAAGCUACGUGAAAAGCUACAGAAUAAUCCCGCUGAGUUCUAAACAAGCAACACGCUUAUCGGUUACUUUUAAAAGUAUAUUAGUAGGAUUUUCCAUUAGAAAUUUUGUGUACAGAUUAUUAUGCAGAAAUUUUACAAGCAAUAAUAACAAUAAUAAAUUUGAUUAGAAAGCAACAAAAUGGGCAAUAAGCGUUGACUGAUAGAUACUUAGUGGCUUUUAUAAACGGAAAACUUGUUUUAUGCAUAAUUGAUAACAUAAUCAAUUGGAGUGUUAGAUGAAUAAUAUAAUAAUUGGAUCAUUUUUGCGUGAUAAUGAAUCUCGAUUUUAGAAAAUUUGCAUAAACAAUUGUCGUAAAAGAGUAUCUUGCUUUACGUUCUAAAAUAUUUUUUGAUUUACUUUAGCAUUAGAUCUCAAUGUAACUUAUAUUAACUAAUAUAACCUCAAACCAGUUUGCUAAGCCAAGUUACGUAGCUAUUGUAAAAAUAACGUAACUUUUUUUCAUCAGUAAGUAAUUUGUAGAAUUGGAGAAAGUUAACUUUUGUAAAGUACAUGGAAACGAUAAUAGUUAGAAAUUUAGAUUUUCAAUACAUUUGCAAGUGAAAUUUAUUCGAAGGUUUGAAAGCGAAGAAACAGUCCAUACAAACAGGCUGGCUUACAGGUGUAGGCGGUCAGUGAGCUUAUAAUUUUGUAACACAAUAUGCCGUAAUAUUUCACGAGCAAUUGUAUUGAAAUAAUUAUUUAUUACGAGCUAUGUAAAUUCCGCCCCAUAAGUAAGAAUACCUAUACUUCUUCUAGCAUUUAAGUUGUGAGUGUAUGUUAGUGAUUUAAUGAAACAUGAAUGUUUAGACUAUAGACUUACUCAUUCGGUAGUUGCUGUAUACUGUGAUAAAGAUACGUGCCUUAAAAUUUUCUUUCAUUUAUAUUUAGUCUCUAAUAUUUAUUAUAAAAGAGUUGUCAGAUAAAGUUCGUCAAUAUAGUUCGAGACGCAGCUAAAUCUUGGGAGAAACUUUAUAAUAUUAUAUAUACAAAUAUUUGUUAUAGGCGAAGAUCGCAAAAUGUGCCAAGUUAAUACUGCCCGGGUGUGUAAACUUUUAGCAAAGUUUCCGAAUUCUGUCCUAACAUGGAAAACAAGUAGGUAUAGUUUUUUUUGGCUACUUUUAGUUUCACAUUUAUUACGAAAUGCAUUAUGGGUAACAAAUUUUAAUGCGACUAAAAUGUUAUGAAAAAUGAAGUCCCUAGCGACAAAAAUGUCUAUGACAUUAACAUUUAAACAGCGCAAGAAAUGCAUUUUGUUCUGUUAAUUUGUAACUUGAUCAAAGAUGGACUGUCACAAAUAUUGUCAUAGAUAUUAAGAUUCGUGGUGCAUCGGUGUUUAAGCGGAACUUGCUAUAAAUCAGAAUGUCUAAACUGUGGCCAACGAUAAUAAAUAAUAAAUGUAAUAAAAAAAAUCUAGUUUUUUGUGUGAGCGACAAAACGAUAGUUAGUUUCAGUGUCCUCUCCUCUAGCACGCAAAUAAUAUUUAUGCACAAAUCUGACGAAUGGGUAAUGAUUGAACAGUGUUUUGACUUUUUAUCGAGUGAUUGAACCAAGUUUAUCCUACCCGGACAAUGUAGACUUUUAAAACUCUGCUAACUUCGCCCGUAACAUAAAGUUUGUAACUAUAAAUUACUUUUACUGUUGUUUCAUUUUUGUUCAAUGAUUUAUACAUCUUACCCUAAUAUAUUAUUUCCUUUAUUUUUUGUUCGAAUACCUACGUUGUAACACGAUCGAUUAUUUUAUAACUUCUACAAUAUUUAUUAUUUAUUUAUUGUGUCAUUAAAGCUGUUUACAU